AUGAUCUUUGCAAUUGAACAAAUAAACAACAGAACAGAUAUUUUGCCUAAUGUGUCGCUGGGAUAUAAGAUAUAUGAUACUUGUGAUACAGUUCCUUUGGCAAUCAAAGCUGCAAUGGCACUAAUGAGUGGAGUAGGAGAAGCACAAUCAUCAUCUCUGCCGUGUUCUCAACAGUCAAGCAUUCAUGCAAUCAUAGGACAUUCUGCAUCUUCUCCAACUAUUGGUUUUUAUCUAGUAAUUGGGGUUGAAAGUGUGGAUAUUCUUGAGGCUGACCCUCCAAAUAGCAGUGAACCACUUAAUCUCAUUGAGAUUGCACAAGUGGUGAAUCAGCUAAGGGUUAAGGAAAGGCAGACAAUCGAGGUGCUGGAGAGGACGGCUAAGGCUCUUCGGAAGGCAGCGCAUGAAUGGCUGCGGCGGCGCGGCACUGGGCUGUCCAGCCAGAGAGAUGCGGCGGUACAGGCACUGCAACACCUGAAGAAAGUUAAUUUCAGUUUAAACAAUGGUGAUUAUGUAAGUUUUGACAUAAAUGGAGAUCCGACUGCCAGAUAUGAAUUGGUGAAUUGGCAGCUUAGUGUAAACGGAAUCAUAGAGUUUGUGACUAUUGGAUUUUAUGAUGCACUUAUGCCAGAAGGAAAGCAGUUCAUAAUGAACAACAAGAGCAUUGUGUGGGCCACCAAUGAUGGCAAGAUUCCAAAAUCAGUAUGCAGUGAAAGCUGUCGUCCUGGUACACGUAAGGCUACACAGAAAGGAAAGCCAGUAUGUUGUUUUGAUUGUCUACCAUGUGCAGAAGGAGAAAUUACUAAUAGCACAGAUGCAGUAAACUGCAUGAAGUGUCCUUUGGAAUACCGGGCCAAUGAAGAGAAAGACCAGUGCAUUUUGAAGGACAUUGAAUUUUUGUCUUAUGAUGAAAUAAUGGGGAUGAUAUUAAUUAUACUUGCUUUGUUAGGAGCUUUGCUAACUUCCAUGGUUACUGUUGUAUUUUUUAAGUUCAGAGAUACUCCAAUUGUGAAAGCUAAUAAUUCAGAGCUAAGUUUUCUUCUUCUUUUUUCAUUGACGCUGUGUUUUCUGUGCUCACUUACAUUUAUUGGGGAGCCCACUCAGUGGUCCUGCAUGUUACGACACACAGCUUUUGGAAUCACCUUUGUUCUUUGCAUCUCGUGUGUUCUGGGAAAAACAAUAGUUGUGCUUAUGGCUUUUAGAGCAACAAUGCCUGGUAGUAAUAUAAUGAAAUGCUUUGGACCAACUCAACAGCGGUUAAGCGUUUUAACUUUUACACUCAUACAGACUUUGAUAUGCAUUGUUUGGUUAGUAAAAUAUCCUCCAUUCCCCCAAAAGAAUGUGAACUCUAAUAAAGAAAAAAUUAUUUUAGAAUGUGAAAUGGGAUCCACAGUAGCUUUUUAUAUUGUGUUAGGAUAUAUUGGCCUUUUAUCAGUCAUGUGUUUUGUUUUGGCUUUUCUUGCUCGGAAAUUACCAGAUAACUUUAAUGAGGCAAAAUUCAUCACAUUCAGCAUGCUGGUGUUCUGUACCGUUUGGAUCACGUUUAUUCCAUCUUAUAUCAGCUCUCCUGGAAAGUAUACAGUAGCUGUAGAGGUAUUUGCUAUUCUGGCAUCAAGUUUUGGCUUACUUCUUUGUAUUUUUGUUCCAAAAUGUUAUAUCAUACUACUAAAACCAGAUAAAAAUUCAAAAAAACACCUAAUGGGUAAAAUGCAGUCAAAAUCGCUUUGA